AUGACAGAUUCUAGAGAAACAGAACAGGAUCCAUUACAACUCUUAAAGAAAUUUAUUACAAAUAAUUUAAAGCUUCAACUUCUCGAUGAGAAGAAUAACGUUGUUGAUACUCUUCGGGAUGCCACAUAUAUACAGUUUGAUUCUUUUGAACCAAUUGAUAAAAAUAAACCUACACUCUUUAAAGGACAGUCACAAAAGGGUUAUCCAUUAUCUAUUCUUUAUCAUGCUACCAUAACAAAGGAUCUAGAAUUCCCUAAAUACAAUGAAGAUGCUACAAAUAAAAAAUUAACUGAGCGGUUAAAUUUCACGGAAAGAAAACAUUGGGUAGCCUAUCUUAACGGCCAUUCGGCUUUACUUAAUGAUUUAGAUAAGAACAUAUAUGGAAAAACUUCAGAAAAGCGCAGACAUGAUAAUUCAGCAGAUAGUGAUCAUCAAAAUGCGGUGGAAAUAAAAAGACAGAAAAAGGCACGUUUUGAUAGUGAUAAAAUUUGGAUGGAAAUUUAUCAGAAAGAAUAUCAAGCUACUUCAAAUUGGCCUUGGGAGGAAUCAUUAGAAAGUAAAGACAAAGAACAGGACUACAGCGCAUUUAUCCAAUUGGCAGAUACUCACUUCCUUAAGAGAAACCAUGCUUUAAUUCCUCAAGACAAAUCUCGCAAUUUAGAAUCUUAUGCAAAAACGCAUUAUCGUCCUGAUGUGAAACAAAGUCAGAAACCACCUAGAAACCCACUGAUUAUUGUACCGCAAUCUCCUUCUGCAUUCAUCACCAUGUUCAAUAUUAAACAGUUAUUACAAGAUGCAAGAUAUGAAGAUCAAGCCAUUCUUCGUAAUAGUAAUAAAAAAGAUAAUACAGUUACAAUUAUUCGAAAUGGAAAGGAAUAUGAGUUCACAGAUCAAGUUGAAAAUUUUCAACAAGCAGAUUGGAAUCGUGUUGUUUGCGUUAUUACCGAUGGAAGCGAGUGGUUAUUUAAAAAAUAUUGCUGGAAAACACCUGAAGAUACCUUCAAAAACGUCCCAGGUGUAUAUUUUAAGUAUACUCAUGACGAAGUUAAAAAGAAUGUUAUUUUUUGGAGGAAUAUUUAUUAUAUCAACAUUCAUCAAAAUUUACGUCAUAAAGAUGCUGAAGCUUAUACUGAAUUUUGGAACAUUGUGGAGAAAGCUAGAAGAUACUAG